AUGGGCAGAGGGGAAUUCCGUUCGUCUCUCAUUCCCUUGCAAAAGGCUGCUCUCCAGUUGCUUCGAACGAUAUCUCUGCUGAAGCAACAGUGCGGAGUCAGCUAUGACGAGGUUUUUCUCAUCGACCUCACGUGGGUGGGCGUCGACUUCACGGCUGCCGACAACACCGCCCGCCACGCUGACGUCAACCCCGGCCGCGGUGAGGUCAUCCUGUGCGCGGGUACGGUGGGCACCCCCCAGCUGCUCGUCCUGAGCGGGACCGGCCCCGCGGGGGCGCUGGAAAAGCUGGGCC